UAACACUGGUCCCGGAGCAGGCUUACUACCUGAGAAUGGCAUACCCCAGACUAUUCAUCGCCGGAAUGCCUGGCACCGGCAAAACUGUGCUCCUGCUGCUGGUUGCCACAGAAUGGCUGCUACGUGGCGAGGACGUCUACGUUCUGAGUUCCUGUACCCAGAGUCGGGCGACUUGCACCAUGCUGCAUCACUUGCUGCUGCAGCAGAUACAGACUGCCCGAUGUGCAGGAACUGAGUGUGGCCAGGUCUACUAUGUACACUACUUCUUCUGUGACGAAGUGGACAAGGCUUUGGAUGACUUCUUGCAGAAAGCUAGAGGAGGAUCACUGCACAUCGUUAUAGAUGAACCAGGGCGGGUUGAUUUGUCACACCACUUGAAGAGCUUCUGCGAAAGGCUCCUGGCGCAAGUUCCUUCGCUUCAUCUUUGGGCGACAAGAGUUUACUUUGGAAAUAUACCCCAAGGCUGGCUGACAGGACCGUUAAAUGUUCCGCUUCGCUUCCCUCCAGUGGUGAUGAGAGAAGUCGCCAAAGCCAAGAACAGACAACUUAUCCAGAAAUUUGAUCCGGGUAAAGUGCGCAGUUUCACAGAUGGCCCAUCAGUCGAAAUCAUGUGUCACCAGGGUCAAGACCAUUCAUACAGGUUUGAGGAUUGUAUCGCUUGCGGAUGGAACCUGGGGCUGUAUCUGCGUAAACUUGGCGUAACAGCAGAGACUCCCACUCUAGCAGCUACCAGUGACAGUACCUCGCCACCCAGCUUGCAGUACAAGGACGUAUUCAUUCUGCACCUCGCCAGUAUUGGCGAAGACUCGGGUAUGCUGAAGGGGCUGAGAGAAGUGGGUAUUCCAGUGCGGCUGCUGAAGGAGACCACCGACAUCGAGGACUUUGCCACGGCUCGCUCCGACGUGGUGUGGAUGGUGGUGGGUGACAACGUCAUUGGUCUGGAGCGGAAGGUCGUCGUGGUUCUGGAGCCGCUGGCGAGGGCUAGGGAUCAAGACAUCCGACUGCACUACAUGUCCCGUUCUACUUCACAGCUUGUCUUCAUGCUCCGGCAACCGUUCCACUCGCCAGUCGCCUUUCAUGAUCUGCCUUCAGUGAGGAACCACUUGGGUGGCGCUCUGGCUGUUCGCAGAGGCGGUUCGGAGAUGGCGAGAGCGAUGGUGCGCAAACAGGAGAGCAUAUCUGCAAGAGAAAUCCAUUGUUGUCUGCUCCAUUCCGAUUAGACCAGCACUCUACCAAAGUGUCUCCUCAAUAUAAAUAAAAGUUGUCUUUGUAAAAAUCACUGUGUUCUCUUUGAAU